AUGCAUGGCAAAAGUAUAUUAUUAUUUUUCUUCUUUCAUUUUCAUCAUUUCGUUCUUUUUCUACCGUCCUUUUUCGUCUUUCAUUUUCUUUCUUUCUUUCUUCUUUCUUUCUUUCUUUCUUUCUUUCUUUCUUUCUUUCUUUGCAUUCAAUUUUCUUCCUUCAUUUUACACAUUUCUUUAAUUCUUUCUUUCAUUGCUAUUCAUUUUCAUCGUUCACUUUCUUUCUUUUGCCUUUCUUUCUUUUCCUUCCAUUUCCUUCGUUCACUUUCUUUCUUUCUUUCUUUCUUUCUUUCUUUUUUCUUUCUUUCUUUCUUUACAUUCCCUUCAUUUUACUCAUUUCUUUCAUUCUUUCUUUCUUUGCUAUUCAUAUUCUUCGUUCACUUUCUUUCUUUUUUCUUUCUUUGCCUUCCAUUUCUUUCAUUCACUUUCUUUCUUUCUUUCCUUUUUUCUUUUUUUCUUUCUUUCUUUAUAUUCUCUUUCCUUCUUUCAUUUUACGCAUUCCUUUCUUUCUUUCAAAUCACAGAGCAUAUAUCGGAGGUUGUCAAGACAGUGGUGUGUUUUCUUUUUAUAGAAAAAAAAAAAGACCAGUAA